GGGGUUCAUCAUGAAAGUGUUCUUUCACGUAUUCAUUUCACACCAGUUUCUUUGGUUGAACCCUGUUCUGGUUGAGGCUUUGUUUGAAGGAGAUGCCUGUCAGAUUGCAGGAACAAAAGGUGAAUGCAAGAAAAUUCCAAACUGCCCUUUCGCCAUAGAAGCCAUCCACACUCGUCCACAUCUCAUCAAAAUAUGUGACUUCGAUGGUUUGACUGCAAUUGUUUGUUGCCCUUCAAUGAGUGGCAUAAUGCAGCCCAAAUCUCCAGACGAAGGGAUCCCAGUGAGGUUUAAAAACGAAAGAAAGUCUGAGAGAGCAUGUAGAAGAUUUUCGAAAGGAGUCAAGAGGAGAGGUAUCGUGAGGUUCAACAUUCUCGGAGGAACAGAUGCUGAUAUUGAUGAGUUUCCCCACAUGGCGGCUCUGGGAUAUCGAGAAAGAGAUGGGAUAAGUUGGAACUGUGGAGCCACUCUGAUUUCCGAACGUUUUCUUCUAACUGCCGCUCAUUGUUUCAUAGAAGACGUAGUUCCUUCGAUAGUUCGUUUGGGAGUGACAUUGCUGGAUGACCCCUCUCGCAGGGACAUCCCUAUAAAGAAAGAGACACCUCAUCCUCUGUAUGAUAAGGAUACUAAACACCAUGAUAUUUCGAUUGUAGAACUCGUGGAGGGUAUCCGGAUAUCCAAGAGAAUUCGGCCAGCUUGUUUGUUCCAAAAGAAUAACGAUCCAGAUGAACUCGUGAUUACUGGUUGGGGAGUAACCACCAAUGGCAGAAGCAACCACUUGCAGAAGGCGAAUGUGAUGGCCGUACCAGUCAAAACCUGUAACGAUACUUAUGUGCAAAGAACAAUAGGGCUGAAAACCAUCACAUUGAAACAAAUAUGCGCGUGGGGAAACGCUAAACAAGAUGCAUGUUUGGGAGAUUCUGGGGGUCCUAUGCAGGUGACAGAUUCGAGCGGAAUGUAUUCAAUUGUCGGGGUAAUUUCGUAUGGCCAAAGCUGUGCUGGGCAAACCCCUAGUGUCUUUGUAAGGGUUUCUCAAUAUUUGGAUUGGAUAGAAGGUAUUGUUUGGAAAUGAAACAUAAUGCGAAAAAAUUGUAUUUCCUUUUGAAUAUACUAUAUAAAGAGUUUUUAGUGAGAUAUUUAUAUAAGUCAACUGUUUCGAUGGAAAAACUUAAGGAGUUUGAUGCCCAGUGUGUUUAUACAGUGUCGUUGAAUGUUUAGGUAGACUAAUUGAUUCACAAUGUCUUUGUGAUGUACUGUUUGGAACCUUUGGUGUAGUAAUGAAUAUUA